AUGGAUGGUAGUAAAAUUAUUACACAAGAGACGGGUUCGGGGAAGUCGUUUGGUGGAGGUGACUGUGUUGGAUGCACUUCAUUUCCAGAAAUGACAUCUACAGUAUCUAAAGUAGUGACGGUUACAUCUUGCUCUGCUGGUCAAUGUACCGAUAUACCCGUUACGACAGGUCAAUAUUUGGAAACUGUUACAGCGGAUAAUACUGUAAGCGUUUCUACUACACAUGCCCCCCUGUCAGGGACCAGUCAAGUGCUUGGUCUGGCCACUAAACUGGUUCCAAGUUUCUUAGAUGGCAUUUCCAAAAGUAGAUCCUUAGAGCCUGAAAGUACCACUGCGCAAGCUUCCAUGGAAAUUGAGUUAGUCUCUUUGUCAACUUCAGUAUUCCAUACGACUGCAACCUCGAUAACCACUAGUAGUCCAUCUAAUUCCGUCCACGCUACAUAUACUCCCGUCAUCAUCACCGGUGGCUCUACAACGAUUAACUCAUCCAUUCUUCUAAUCUUUGUUUCAGUGUUUACAUACUUUUUCAUUUAA